GGGUAGUUGGGGGUUACACAACAUUUGUAUUAGCUCGGCGUUUCAUAAAGCAGAGCAAAUCAGAGGAGUUCACUUCAUCUUCCACUUCUGCUAAUUCCCUCUGCUACUGCAAUUGGGUUUGUUACAAUGAGUACUGUUGAGAAAUCAUUAGAUUUCCUGUGUUUGAACAAUGGUGGAGGGUUUGAGAAAGGGAAAUUGAAGCUGCCUCUACCAUUUUAUGUGACAUUCAUGAACUCUUUACCCAGUAAACUCGUCUUGCAUGGUCCAUCUAAUGACCUCUGGCCUUGUACAUUUGACAAAGGUGAUCAUCGUCUUCAUGGUCUGGAAGAGUGGAUGGACCAUUAUAAAGUGAAUCCUUAUAAUGUAGUUCGUCUCCACUAUUUGGAUGGCCCUGAUUUUGGAUUUGAGAUUUAUACUCAGUUUGCUGUUGAAAUGAACUAUCCUGCUGUAACUUCAGUCCCUGCCAGUAAAAGAUCUGUGUAUGAGGUAGACAAACUUUUCUCUAAAUACCUUUUCAAUGGAUUUCGUAACUGUGUUGGCAAGUACAGUCUUUCGAUUGACCACAGUCACUUUGUUGAGGAAUCUUACCCUAAGAUUUUGGCGAAUGACGCAUCUGAGAAGUUGGGGAUGGCAAAGUUUGUACCUUCCAUCAUACUGGGUUUUGAAGAUUAUGAGUGGACUAUUUCUUUGAAAUGGGCUAAUAACUUUGUCCAAUUUGGUAGUGAAUGGGUUAACUUUAUUAAGGAUGCUGCGGUUUUGGUUGGUGAUGUACUUGUUCUGCAGGAGACCAAGUACAAAGGGUUUUUCAAAGUUGCUAUUUUUGAUGCCUCUAUUGUUUCAGAACUUGAACAAUCAGCUGUGGUCACUGGUACUAAUCCGUCACCAAGAUUUUAUAAAGGAUUUACUAAGGCUUCUUUGAAAUCUGGAGAAUUGGAAAUUCCCUAUGUGUUUAGAAGGAAAUUUGGUGAAACUCUUGGUAAUGUUGUGAAACUUUAUUUUGGUGGGAAACAUACGGUUGAAGUUGGUUAUUCUUCAUCCACUGGUUGUGUUAACGGUUUGCUCCAGAUAAUUAAGUAUUUCCACCUCAUGGAGAACUAUAUUUUACUGUUUACCUAUAAUGGCAAUUCUGCGUUCUCCGUCAUGGUGUACGAUUCCCAGUGUAUGAAUCACUUGCGUGAUGUAGAUGGUUAUUGUUCAAUUGCUGAUUUUGAAUCUACUGAGGUUGAAUCUGGUCUGGAUGAUGGAAUGGAUGAAGAUUCACCUUGCAAUGAAAUCAUUGUAAUCUCUGAUUCAAGCACUGAUAGCUCUGAUUCGGAUGAUAGCUCUGAUUCGGAUGAUAGCUCUGUUUCCGAUGUUCAUGAUUAUGAUGUUGAAGCCAUUUUUGCUUUCAAUGUGGUUCUAAAACGAUCUCAUGUAGAUCAGCGUGGGCAUGGAGUGUAUAUUCCACCUCCUUUUUGGACUGAAACACGACAAUGGCAGAACAGAACAAAUGUGGCCUUGGUAGUCGGAACUGUUGCUUGGGAAGUGGAAAUUCUGAGGUUUGGUAACCAGGCUAGAUUUUCAGGAGGUUGGAAUGCUUUUGUUUCUGGGAAUCACUUGUCAGUUGGAAGCAUACUGGAGUUCACCUAUGUUGGAGAGCUCCGGUUUGAAGUCUUGGUUACAAAUUAAAGUUUUCUAUGAAAGAUUUGUACUUUGCUAUAUAAAUUUGGUUGCUUCGUUAAACUUGCUUUUGGUGUAUUUGAAGUAGUUAUUCUGGAAAUGUGAGAAAAUGCACUUAUGGUAUUGCUUUUGAUCUUUUGGUUGUACUGGCUAGAGCCUGACUGAAUUUUAACUUGUAUGCUGAUGACU